GCAGCCAUGCUGAGGGUCCUGAUCCUCACCCUGCUCUGGAGGGGGUCCCUGUCCCAGCUGCCCGGAUUUACCCUGACAGUGCCACAGUCGGUGUCAGUGCAGGAAGGUCUCUGCGUUCUCGUCCCCUGCACCUCCGCGUACCCAGCCUCUUAUGACACUAAGAAUUCCUGGUCCCGGCUCUACAGAUACUGGUACAAGGAUCCAGCCAAUGAGGACUCUGAUCCGCCCGUGGCCAGCAGUGACUCCAACCGGGGGGUGUCGCAGGAGACCCAGGGUCGGUUCCAGCUGGCGAAGAAUCCAGCACACGGUGACUGCUCCCUGCAAAUCAGUGACGCCCGACGGACGGAUAUGGGGAGAUAUUUCCUUAGAGUCAAGAAAGGAAACUUUAAAUACAGUUACCACUUCAAUUCCGAUGGCACGGAUGCAAAGCUCACGAUCUCAGUGCCAGAGCUGACGGAGGAGCCAGAGAUCCAGAUCUCGCCGGCACGGGAGCUGCCAGGGACGCUGCUGGCCGGGGAGCCAGUAACUCUGACCUGCACGGCCCCUGGGCGCUGCUCCGGGCCCCCUCCCCAAGUCACCUGGACGGGGCCGUUCAGCGACACAGCCCGGGACGUCUCAGCCCAGCUGGCGAACGGCACCUGGGCCCACAGCUCCGCGCUCAGCUUCACGCCCAGCCCAGGGGACCAUGGCAAAGAGCUCGUCUGCACCGUCACCUACAGGCCACCGUGGGGACCUUCCACCCACAGAACCGUCCAGCUCCACGUCAUCUGUGAGUGACCA